CAGAGUAUCUAAGUUCUCUUCAAACCCCGCUGUCUACAAUCUCGAGUACUGCAACCUUCGUCUCCUUACAAGGAAGUAUUCACGUCCAGUGUUCUCCCUCUUUAACUAAAGAUGCUUUUGUUCCGAACCCUUCAUCUCCAUCGUUCGUUCUCAAGAAAAAACCCUGCACGUAUCUUCUCAAUUUCCAAUCCUAGCCGUUCUUCUCCUCAUUACUUUUCAUCAGCAAUCCUUCAAGAGAUCCCCACAUACGAAAGAAUCCCAGCCAUCCAAGACACUGAAACUCCUCCAAACACGAAGAAGAAGAAGCCUCUCGAUCUCUUCUUCAGAGAAGCCGUCGGGUUGCUAGAAAAGGUCGAAGAAGGCGAAACUUCCGACGAUGAUGAGAGGGCGAAAAAGCUGCGGGAUUUGGAAAGAGAAUUAAAGAAUCUGAGACCGAAUGCUACGGAAACGCAGAAGAAAGACGGAGUCGGGACUGUCGGAGCGACCCUCAACCGCCUCUAUUCUCUGUUUGCGGAGCCUCCAAGUUCAGGUGAGAAAUUGGAAGGCGGCGUUUCGUGCCCGAAAGAACUCUCGCCGGAGAUGGUUUCGUUCGUGGGCCGUUUGAACGAGGAAGGAUACUUGAUCAAUGGGAAUUUCGUGAAGGACGGACGGCUGGAUCUCAGUUGCCUCUCCAACAGUUAUUCAUGUGACUACUUGAAGUUUGCGGCAGAGAGGUUUGGUCAGGACCAUCAGGAGUCAGCAAGGCAGUUGUCAGGCAGUGACUUGAAAGAGGUCACUCUUUUUGGUUGCCCAUCCACCGAAAGAAGAACUGUUUUUGCGGCUAAAAGUUUACGUUCUUUUUUCUGCAUUCGGGAAGAUAUUGUUUGCCAACCUUGCAAAUUGAAAAGCUUGUGCAAAUUUGCAAACCAGAGAGUAAAGAAAAGGUGGAACCUGGAUUUAAAAGAUGCAUUGAGGGUACUUGCCGUAUAUGGCUUGGAGUCGUUGCCCCAGCAGUUGAUAGUAUCUGAUGACAUAAAGGUUUCCGUCAGCAAAUUGCUGAAGGCGGCAGUUAAACUCGGCAAAUAGCUGUGCAGUCUUGACAGUUUUCGGGUAUGCUCUUCCAAAUGCAUCCAUUCUCAUAUACUGCACCCUUUAGGCAGAUGUGCUUUUGUUUGGUGAAACUAAACGAUUUUAUGGCAGCACUGAUAGGGAGCAAAAGGGUGAUAUGAUAGAUAGUGCUGUUGGCUUUCCCAUUGUAGGAGCACUCAUCAUGCCAACUGUACUACUGUUGCAAGGAUGCAACAGGAGAUUCCAGCUUAUGGGGUCCCUUGUCAUGACAGUAGAAGGGAGGGCUUCCCAAAAUAUACUUGAGAGAGAUGGGUUUCAAGGCUCAAGAGGAAGUGAUGAUGAUACAUUGCCUUGCCUUCAAUCUGUGAUUCUUCUCUCAUGCUGGUAAUGGAAAUUUCCUUCUGUUCUAGGAAAUCCUUAUAUUUAUUACUAGAAUCUUGGUUAAAUGUAGAAAUGGGCUGUGCCUAUAUAGAUUUUGAAGAGUUUUGGGAUUAUCAUAAUCAGAAAGUGGCGACAGUGUGCUUAACCUUAGGCUAUAGUCUCGCUGUGACUUCCAUUAGUUUCUUCUAAGAAACUCUUUAUCUAUUUUCUGCCC